UCUAACCAAUCACCUCCGACUGUCCGUCGCUCUGGCCCCGCCUCCUGCCGCCUUCACUUGUCGGGAGCGGCGGAGAUGCGCUGCACUUGUCCGGCGUAGAUCAGGGCCGUUGUUUGUUUGCUAUCCGUGUUUCCUUCGUGUUAGCCGGUCACAUCCGUCCGUGUGCCAGGGCCUCUGUGCGGACCGGAAGCCCACGGUGACAUGCGUCCACGGAGCGCUGAACCUGUUCCCUCCCGCACGGCACGAACCCCGUGAAGCAGCAGCAGGCCGUGUCUCCUCCACCCACGAUCAUGUCGGGGAAUCAUUACAAAGGCCACGAAGUCAGCUGCUGCAUCAAAUACUUCAUCUUUGGAUUCAACAUCCUGUUCUGGCUGCUGGGGAUGGCCUUAGUGGGAAUCGGACUGUGGGCGUGGAGUGAGAAGGGGGUCCUGUCCAACCUCUCAUCUAUCACAGACCUGGGGGGUCUGGACCCAGUCUGGCUCUUCAUGGUGGUUGGGGGGGUUAUGUUCAUCCUGGGCUUUGCCGGAUGCAUCGGAGCGCUGCGGGAAAACACGUUUCUACUGAAGUUUUUCUCGGUGUUCCUUGGAAUCAUCUUCUUCCUGGAGUUAACGACGGGAGUUCUGGCGUUUGUCUUCAAGGACUGGAUUAAAGACCAGCUCAACCUGUUCAUCAACAACAACAUCCGGGCGUAUCGGGACGACAUCGACCUGCAGAACCUCAUCGAUUUCACUCAGGAAUAUUGGGAGUGCUGUGGUGCUUUCGGAGCAGACGACUGGAACCUGAACAUCUAUUUUAACUGCACCGAUGCAAACCCCAGUCGGGAAAAGUGCGGCGUUCCCUUCUCCUGCUGCACCAAGGACCCAGCGGAGGACGUGAUCAACACUCAGUGUGGCUACGACAUUCGAGCCAAACCAGACUCCGAGCAGAAGGACUACAUCAACGUUAAAGGCUGCGUGCCCCAGUUUGAGAAGUGGCUGCAGGACAACCUCACGCUGGUGGCGGGGAUCUUCAUCGGCGUUGCGCUGCUGCAGAUCUUUGGAAUUUGUUUGGCUCAAAACUUAGUGAGCGACAUCGAGGCGGUGCGGGCGAGCUGGGUGCCCCCCCCUCUCUACAUGCGCCGACUCCCACCGUACUCCAGCAAGAAAGCGUCGGCUUACUACUCGUGAGACACUCGCACACACCGCAUGUGUGUUUGUCACCGCUUCUUUACCUAAUGCAGCGUUUAAGCUCCAGCACGUCGGGGAGAUCAGACCCGAUCACGGCACCAUCCCUUACUGAACCAGCACCUUUGUUCCAAGGCACUAAUAUGUGAAAUGACUUGUAUAUAAACACUGUGAGUAACUACUGUACAAAGAAGGAGAGCACUGUUAGCAUUCGCAGCGCUCCAGGUUUGAUAGCUACAUCUAGAGUAGAAGUUU